AUGGAUAACAUAAAAUUAUCGGAAGAAUAAUUUAUUAAUAUGCAAGAGUCAUUCAUGGCAUUUAAUAGAGUUUUUGGAAUUUUUUUUGGUGUCAAGGUAAAACUUAGAUUUAGUUAAGAAAAAUAAAUUAAAUCUAAUUGCAACAAUUCUAUUGAUUUUAUUCGUUACGUUGCUCUAAAUAGUAUUUGUAUUUCCACUUGCUAUUUUAAAAGGAUAUAUUAUUUUAAAUACGAUAUGUAUAGUUUAUGGUUUUACACCAAUUACUUUUUUAAUAUUGACAGCAAUUACAGGUAGUUUUAAAAAAUUUAUUUUUAGAGCCUGGAGUGAUAUUAAAAAAAUAAAUAAAUGAUAAUUAAGAGCCUGAAAGUAGAUUAACAGAAAGUAGUGACGAAGCAAUUUCAAUUGAAAAUAUGAAUAAAUAAGAAGAUUUGCCUAAAAUUUACAGAACCAGAUUUUGUUCAACUUGUAACAUAAAAAGACCACCAAAAGCUUCUCAUUGUAGAUAUAAAAUUAAUAAAAAGGUCGAGAAUGUAAUCAUUGUGUUGAUGGAUUUGAUCAUCAUUGUUAUUGGGUUGGAACAUGUAUAGGAAUUAGAAAUUGGAGAUAUUUUGUUUAUUUCUUAAUAGCAGCUUUUAGUGCUCCUCUUUUGGCAUUUUUUGUAGGAAUUGUUCUUUGUAUUUAUCAUUUAAAAUUUAUAGUUAUUAAUUAAUUUUCUUUAGCAACUAAAUUAUGGUUUGAAAUGUUUGAUACACUUGGAAUAUCUGUUCUCGUAUUUUACAUAUUUUAUUUUAUUUGUGGUUUUUGGCGAAAUGCAACAAUUCUAAAUAUUUUAGCAUUAAUAAUACUAAUAUUUGGACCUUUGCUAUCUACAUUUUCAAUAUUUUAGAAUCAUAAUGAAUUUAAACAGUAUAAUUAUUAUGAGAAUCCUUAUUUUACUCUUUUUGUUUCGUUAAUAAUGUUAAUGAUCUCAAUUUCAUUAUUACCUAUGGCAUCUGAUAAUUGUAAUAAUGCUGCUAAAGUAAAAUACAUUAUAUUAUUGAAAGUUUAAAACAUCAAAAUAAAUUCACUCUGAAGAAGAAUUUAAAAGAGAAAAAAGAGAUUUCGACUUUAAUAAUAAUUAAGUUGAUUUUAAAGAAAUAAAGAACAAUCUAAUUAAAUUUAUAACCUAUCCCAUUCCAUAAAGUAGAUAUUAAAAUUUAUGA